AUGACUUGCGAGGGUCCGUUUUGGAAAAAAGACCAUAUUCCUGCAUGCUAUCAGCAGCGUUAUGUGCAGCUUUAUCCCACAGCGGUGUUGUUAGCAUGCACAGUAGCGAUCUCCGUGUCUGCGAUUCUGCCCAAAUUGCGCUUUCAUUGGCACUCAAGUCGGCGUGAAGCUCCGCUACUUGUUGGCGACGACGAAUCAUCUUUGCAAACGACUCUUACCGAGGGAUCUUCGUCUGCAUCGUCUCAACUGAAUAUCAGCUUCAACCCCAAAGAAACCCUCUACGAAAAGCCCGAAAACCGCAGCAAUGAUGAUGCAAUGGUCAUUAUCCGUGGGCGCACAAUCGCUGACAAGCUGCGGCUCUUGUCGGAGCUGGUGCUGGUAGUGGGUGAGCUCCUAAUUGCAUCAGUGGCAUGGGUUACUACGGAUGUUGGCGAUUUCUACGACGAAUACGCACCAAACCUGCCUUUCUUGAUAGUGCUGCAGGCUCUCUACCUAGUUUUAUUGGUUGCGUUCCGGGUCCUCAAUAUGAACCGAACAGAUCGCAUCCCAGCACACCCUUUUACUCAAUGUGCGGUUCUGUAUACAGCAACCAUGUUUAUUGAUGUUAUUGUCAGCUACAAUGCUUAUAUGAAAAACAGUCCUGAUUCUUAUCAACAAAUAUCGGCUGCUUUGUUGGUUGGCUCCAUUCUGCGGUGGGUUAUUUUGUUUUCAUCGCCCGUUGGCGAUAUUGCCCCUAGAAUAUACACUGUUCCUGGUAUCGAGCCUUCUCGGGAACCGACCUCUUCGCUGUUCCGCAUUUUUGCAUGUUCGUGGAACACCGAGAUGAUCUUCCGCGCGUCAAAACAGCCAGUCGAGUCGAAUGACAUUUGGGAGCUUAGAGAAAAGGAUCACGCCUACCAUAUUGUCGAAUACUUUGCGAACUAUAUGCCCAACCGCAGCUUAUACUUGCGUUUGGCAUGGGCCUUUAAAGAAUCACUUUUUAUCAACCAAAUGGCUGGUAUUAUAGGUGGGUUGUUGGGGCUAUUGCCAACCGUGUUUGUUAACCUGAUUUUGCGCUACAUCGAGGACCCUAAUACUUGGCCCAGGCAAGUAGCCUACUUGAUGGUCUUUGGUCUUUUUGUGGUUUAUAUGGUACACAACGCCAUCAACCAGCAAACUUUCUACUAUGGCCGCCGUGCUUCGAUCCAGGUUCGUGCUUCAUUGAUGUCUUUGAUUUAUAGAAAAGCAUUGUUCCGCCGCGUGGCUACUGCAAAUCCUGAGAUGGGCUCUGAUGAUGAAGGUGAGGAGAACACGAAGGACGAAGAAGAGGACUCUGACGAUGAUACCAAAUUCAACCCCAACAAUACCGGUGCUGUCAUUAACCUCAUGUCUGUUGAUACUUUCAAGAUCGCCGAGUUCUGCGCGUAUAUGCAUUACCCCACAACUUCUGCUUGUGAGAUUAUGUUCUCAGUUUACUUGCUCUAUACCGUGCUUGGCGUUAGUACGUUCGCGGGCUGUAUCAUGAUGGUUAUCACCAUGUGGCCCAACUAUAUCUCCGCCAACAAACAAAGCCAAAUUCAAGAAGAUAUGAUGGCUGUAACUGAUAAGCGUAUUGAGCGCACGAAUGAGGCCGUUUCUGCUAUUCGCAUCAUCAAAUUCUUUGCAUGGGAGCACCGUUUCUCUGAACGAAUCAUGGAGUUGCGUCGGAAGGAACUGAAAUUGCUGCUGUCGCGUUACCUUUGGUGGGCUCUUACAUCGGGCUCUUUCUUUUUGAUCCCGUUGCUCACUACUUUGACCACGUUUUGUGUUUACGUCAAGUAUGAAGGUAAGGCUUUGACACCAUCGGUGGCUUUCACAGCAAUCGCUAUUUUCAACAUUCUUCGUUAUCCUCUGCUAGAUAUUGCUCAAACCAUCUCGCGAGUGAUGAGUGCCAAGGUCUCACUUUCUCGUAUUGCAAUUUACCUUGAACAGGAAGAAACACCAAAGUAUACGAACCUCAAUCCCCAGCAUCCUCGCGGCCCCAGCUCUCCGCAUAUUGGUUUCGAAAAGGCUACUCUUAGCUGGGAUACAUCUGGAGAGGAUUCCAGCGCGUUCAAGCUUCGAAAUAUCGACUUGAGCUUUGUUCCUGGCGACGUCAACGUCAUUAUUGGCCCUACUGGGUCUGGCAAGACAUCUUUGUUAUUGGGAUUGCUUGGUGAAAUGACAAUCGAAAGUGGUUUGGUAUGGCUACCUAAUGCCGAAGAUCGCAGAUCUGUAAGGCUCAACCCGGCAACAAAUCUCACCGAUACAGUCGCUUAUUGCCCUCAGCAGGCUUGGCUCGUCAAUGAUAGUUUGCGAAACAACAUUUUGUUUGCAGCUCCAUUCAACCAAGAGCGCUAUGAUCAGGUCCUGGAUGCGUGUGAGUUACGCCGUGAUUUGGAGAUUCUUCGUGAUGGUGACAAGACUAUGAUUGGUGAUAAGGGUAUUGCUCUUUCCGGUGGUCAAAAGCAGCGUGUCUCUUUGGCCCGUGCCAUGUACUCGAAUUCUCGUCACCUCAUUCUCGAUGACUGUCUGUCUGCUGUUGACUCUCAUACGGCCGAGGCUCUUUAUAGCAAUGCCAUCACUGGUCCAAUCGCUGCAAACAGAACUAUAAUUCUCGUAUCCCACAACGUUGCAUUGACCAUUGCAAAGGCAGCUCAAGUUAUUGUCAUGGACAACGGUCGCAUCACUGCAGUAGGCCCUCCUGAAGUCCUCAGUGCCAGUGGCGCUCUUGGAGAAGAUGAGCUUGUGCUCAAGAAUGCCAGAGAGUCUACAGUGUCUCGUUCAGCUUCUACAGUUGAUCUAGUGAAAGCACACAAGCCAACUGCCGAAGAGAUCGUUGAGCACGCUAUCGAAGAUCAUACAGCUGAUGGAGAAAGUGGUCUUGAAGAAGAGUCUCGAGGCCUUGGAAGCAUCCCGCUUGCUACUUAUAAAGAGUAUGCCAAAGCAUUAGGCCCCAUGUCCUGGUGGAUUCUUGUGAGCGUUGGAAUCGUAAGUAUUUCUGCUGGCCAGUAUUUGCAGGCGUAUUGGUUGCGGCACUGGACUGGUGCUGAACAAGAGGUCGCUAGUGUUUUGGUAACUGUCAAAACGGCGAUUGUGCGUUGUGUUGAGCCUGCUGUCGAGCUUCUUCAAGAGCAUGGCCUCGAUGAAGACACCGCGAGAAGUCUUACUUAUUACGCUGGUAUUUACGGUGGUAUUGGUCUGCUUACAUCGAUCGCCUCUGGUUGCCGUGAUAUGAUUCUGUUCCAAGGCAGUGUGAGAGCGUCGAGAGUUGUGUUCCAGAAACUUUUAAACGCAAUCAUGCGUGCAAAGAUCAACUUCUUUGACUCUACUCCUGCAGGCCGAAUCAUGAAUAGGUUCUCCAAGGAUAUUGAGGGUAUUGACCAAGAGCUGAUUGCAACCAUCGACUUUUUCGCUAUCAGCUUUCUGGAGUCGAUCGUUGUUACCAUUGUUAUCUCCUUUGUUACGCCUCAGAUUCUUCCUGUUGCUGUGAUUGUUUGCGCUGUUUUCUAUCUCGUUGGAAAGCUCUAUCUGGCUGUUUCACAGGAACUGAAACGUCACGAAUCUGUAACCCGGUCACCAAUUUUUCAACAAUUUGGUGAAACCCUGUCUGGUGCUGUUUCCAUCCGCGCCUAUAGCGAUGCUCGCCGGUUCAUGAAAUCCAAUAUGAACGCGAUCGAUGUCAAUCAUCGCCCUUACCUUUACCUGUGGAUGUCUAACCGUUGGCUGUCUUUCUACAGUGUAGUGAUCUCUAUGACUAUUUGUGUGUCGACAUCGUUCUUUAUUGUUUACAACUCAUCGUGGCUUCCUGCCGGUAUGGCGGGUAUCUCGCUUUCUUAUGCAAUGAUGUUUGGCGACAGUGUUCUUUGGGUCGUCCGUAUGUAUGCCGAAGUUGUGAUCUACAUGAACUCCAUGGAGCGUGUUAAAGAGUACAUCGACAUUGAGCCAGAGGCUGCUGAGAUUAUCCCAGAAUCUAGACCUCCUGCCAACUGGCCCUCCAAGGGUGAGAUUGAGGUGAAGGAGCUUUCUUUGAGGUACGCUGAUAAUCUCCCAGAGGUUAUCAAGAAGGUUUCGUUCCAUAUCGAGGGUGGUCUCAAGGUAGGAAUUGUUGGCCGCACCGGCGCCGGAAAGUCUACAAUCAUUACUGCUCUUUUCCGCCUUUUGGAACCUGCCCAUGGGUCAAUUGUUAUCGACGGUGUUGAUAUUUCGACUAUCGGCUUGCACGAUUUGCGAUCUCGUUUGGCUAUUAUUCCACAAGACCCCACCUUGUUUGUUGGUACCUUGCGGUCUAACCUUGAUCCCUUCGACGAGUACACUGAUGAUCAGAUUCUCGCUGCCUUAGCACGGGUCAAGCUUGUUCCCGAGGAUACUACAGCUAUCACUGCCGCUGAAGCGGUUGCUCUGGCAUCUGCCAACGCUGGAGAGAACAUCAACCAGUUCCUCGACCUUGCCAGUGAUGUCCAAGAGGGUGGAUCCAACCUGAGCCAGGGUCAACGCCAGCUUGUAUGCUUGGCUCGGUCUUUGCUCAAGAGUCCGCAGAUCAUGCUGCUUGAUGAGGCUACUGCUUCUAUUGACUACGAUACUGAUGCCAUGAUCCAGACCACCAUUCGUGAGCAGUUCAACAAUGUGACAAUCCUUACGAUCGCUCACCGUCUCCGCACAAUUGCCGAUUACGACCGAAUCAUUGUAUUGGAGAUGGGUGAACUAAGCCAAUUCGGCUCUCCCGCUGAGCUUCUCGACGACAAGGAAGGCAUUUUCUAUUCCAUGUGUGAAAAGAGCGGCGAGCUGGAUGCGUUGAUGGAGCUUGCACAUAAGGCGAAAAAAUAA